CAAGCCACCGAUGCAUCGCAAACAACUUCAGGUUCUCCACAACCUACGACAAAGCAAACUACUUGCCUCGCCUCGAAACCCAGCAGCAGGCAAUGGCCGGGAUCAUCGUGGUGUUCGACUUCGACAAGACCAUCAUCGACGUCGACAGCGACAACUGGGUCGUCGACAGCCUCGGCUUCACGGAGGAGUUCGAGCGCCUCCUCCCCACCAUGCCGUGGAACGACCUCAUGGACGCCAUGAUGGGGAAGAUCCACGCUGCGGGGAGGACCCUGGACGACGUCGCGGCGGCGCUGCGCGCGGUGCCCAUCGACCCGCGCGUCCCCGCCGCGAUCCGUGCGGCGUGCGCGCUCGGGUGCGACCUGCGCGUCCUCAGCGACGCCAACGCCUUCUUCAUCGACACAGUCCUCGACCACCACGGCCUCCGGGGCUGCUUCACCGAGGUCAACACCAACCCGAGCCGCGUCGACGCCGACGGCCGCCUCCGCAUCGGGCCAUACCACGCCGCCCCGCACGGCUGCGGCGUCGGCACCUGCCCGCCCAACAUGUGCAAGGGCCAGGUGCUCGACCGCAUCCUCCGCGAGGCGGCGGCGGGUGGGGGGAGGAAGCGCGUCAUCUACCUCGGCGACGGCCGCGGCGACUACUGCCCGUCGCUGCGGCUGGCGCGGGAGGACUUCGUGAUGCCGCGCAGGGGGUUCCCCGUGUGGGACCUCAUCUGCGAGGACCCCGCGCGGGUGCAGGCCGAGGUGCACCCCUGGGCCGACGGCGCCGAGAUGGAGGCCACGCUGCUGGGGCUCGUCAGGAGGGUGCUCGUCGAGGACGCCGCGGCGCUGCUGCCGCUCGACUGCAAGCUCGAGUCCAGCAUUCCCGUCACCGCCGCGCAGGACGGCAUGCCCAUCAUGCCGCUCGGCGUCAAGAAUUGAUCGAGCACUCGAGAAUGGUCGGAAGAGAUUGCACGGACGAUUAUCAGUAGUGUUUAACAGGAGUAUUGACUAAUUUUUGUGUGCGGCGUGGCGUGUUGUAUCCCUGGUGAUCGAGCCUGCCACUGCUGAAUUGGCUGCGGCUCAUUGUAUCUUACCUACCGACAAAAGAUAAAAUUAAUUAAUGGAUGAAAUCCAUGACGACAAAAAGCGAAAUUUCACUACGAUUUUUA